AUGACACUAGAUUAUUCUUUACUGUUGGUGCUCAUCUCGGACCCCGAUCUUGUCUAUUUUGUCGCUCAUAAGGUAGUCCAUUCGAUCAACGUGAAGACGCAGAGAUGGGAUACAAUUGAACGGGUACCUUUCGAACCAAAAUGCCUUGCCGCGUCUUAUGGAUGGAUUGUCGUUGGAGGAUCCGAUAAUGGAGAGUGUGCAUUCAUCAGUCUUCCCGGCCGGGAACCCCGUGCCCGGAAUGCUUCACGGCCCGGUGCAGCAGAUAUAGACGCGGCGUUGCCGAUUGAGCUUGAUAUGGAAACAAGGGUCCCCGCAGGGGCAACAGGUGCUUCGACAGAACAGCAGACAUUUUCUGGCAUUUUAGGCGGCGGCAAUGAUAUACCGGAGAUCUUUACCAAAGCGCUGACUGGCAGCAUCGUGAAUUCAGUGACAAUUCAUCGCCUACCAGCUAAUGAGAGGCAAGGGUUCGCCCAUGAGGAUAUCGCUGUAUUCAGUAAUAAUGACAAGACGAUCAAGAUCUUUUCACUGACGCGACGCAAACUGCUCGAAACAAAACAUCAUCCUAAAUGUAUGAACUAUGCUGUCAUCUCUCCAAACUCCACUCUUCUCGCCGCUGUCGGUGAUGUGAAUUAUGCAUACUUCUAUCGAAUUACACGGGACCCGGACACCAUCGACUAUGGACACGGAGGCGAACGAUUAUCCGGUUGGACAUGGGAUCUUUGCUGUCGGAUAGAGUUGCCCUUGAGUACUGACUUGAACAUGAGCCCCAAUUUCGACGACGGCAGUUGUUUCACUAUAGCCUUUUCGCCCUCGAGUUGUUUAUGUGCCAUCGGCUCACAGUCUGGUAUUAUUAGCGUGUACGACGUGAAUGUGAUUCUCGAAUCAAUGCCAGGCAUACAAGGAUACGAAGCUCGGUUGGCCUUAUUUAGAUCAUCCCGAGCUGAUUCUGCCGGCGCAGUACGAAGUAUGGCGUUCUCACCGGAACCGUGGGAUCUUUUAGUGUGGGUUGAAGACACUGGAAGGUUUGGGAUUGUUGAUAUCCGCUCAGGCUUCUUCCGUCGGCAGAUUGUGGACCUGAAUAAAGACGACCCAGAGACGCAGAAAGUUCGUCCGAUGUAUAAUUCACCAUAUCUGAUACGCUCAGAAAGCGAAGAAAAUGAUCUCGGUACGAGAAAUGAAAUGGGCAAUGUCCACCAAGCAGUUUUAGAUUUGCUAAACGGAAUGUCAUUGACAGGAAUUAACGCCGGCACCUCUGAUAGGGUCACCUCAUUGCGCGAAAGUGUUCAGGGGCUCACGGAAAGAGAACGACAGAUCAUUGAGUUUCUCAACACGGCCCGGUCGUCAUCAAGACAUGAAGGUGAUGCAGAAAAUCGGGCACCGAGUACCGACAAUCAUUCAGGACAACACGCCACUGCAUCAUUUCUAGGCGGUGCUACUGAUAACGCUGAUCACCCUUCUCGUACCACCUCGCCCUUCCGUUCUACGGAUGCUGCGCUACAGGAGCUCUUUCGGGAGCAUUAUCCUGGCCGGGUUAGUUCCACAGAGCGAAGCUUUGGCCAAAGACGUCGUGCAUCCAUUGUGAUAUCGCAAUCUGGCCAAGGUGCAGGGCCUGUCCUCAACGGUCAAAGUGGCGACCACAACAACAACGAUAAUAAUGCCACCUCCGAUUUUCAGUUGCGGCUCAGAUGGACCGCUUCGCCUGCAGAUAUACAAUCACUAGGAGACAAUUUACAUAACAAUGCUGCUAACCUUGAACAUGACUCGGAUAAUAACGGUUCGAGUACUGACAAUGGCCAGUGGAAUCCGAGUACUAUAGCAGAGGCCUGGAAUGAUGCUCUUCCUGAUGAAGCACCGCCAACGGAAGCGUGGCAAACAUCUCAACGGUCAAGAUCGAUUCCUCGUCGGAUUCCGCGUCCUGGUGCUACGACAGAAAGCCGGUACGAUGCACAGCGGGCAGCAGUAGCAGAGAUGCGGGCUAGUGUAGCUGCAGAACGACUGCGACGGCAACGACUAGCUGCUAAUGAAAUGCGUUCACCGAGGUGGAUUAGGCAUAUUUUGAGUAGUGACCAAGCCGACAGACAUUUUGGUUACAUGCCCCAGGAUCAAGAUCCCGCAGACACUGCGGGCGUUGGUUGGGGCGCCGAUGGAAGGGCCUUAUAUAUUGGGACAGUAGAAGGAAUAUUCGAAUUCCAAAUCAAUGUGCAGGAUCGCAAAAGUUUCCCAGUCUUUUCUUGCCGAUGAAAUUGUUUUUCUGCUAAUGAGAGCGAGGACUCAUUGUGGGUCUCUGGAUCUGUAUCAUUUUGAAGCUGUUGUUACACACAGAUGUUUUUAUCCUUAUGAUCCUGUUAUUUACUUGCUCUUACCAUCCUUUUUUGGCCUGAGGGAUGUGCUAUGAAGCCAUGGAACUCUUUGCAUGCUUUGAAUCCGAUUCUCUUUUUCUUUCUGGUGGUUCCAAGCUUGGGGCAGUGCGCAAUGAUGUCUAUAUUUACGGGCAUGAGACAGAAUAUUUAGUUUAUAAUGUAUUUACCUAAGUAGUCAAUAAUAGUUAUCUGAAUUGACAAAGCU